GUACAGUGAAUAUUUCUGACAGCUGCACUGUAAAUAGUUUGUAAGAAAUUAUAAGAAGAAUUAGAUUACAUAUAGACAUGGGAAUUUUUCCUAUAUUGCUUCUUGCAGGACCAUAGAAGCAUGUAGUCAUUAUCACUUGUGUGCCUCUGAAAUUGUUUUCAGUGCUUGUUUUUCAGCUGCCUGUUGCUCCCUAAAUUCAAAAAGGAGUUUUGGGAUACGGAGCAAGAUAAUGUUUAAGGGGGAAUGUUGCUGGUAUGUUUCUAUUUCUCUUUCCCCACCUCCUUCCCUUUUACUUUACAGUGUGAACCACUUUAAUAAAAUCCCAAGCUUGGUUUUGAAACUGGGUUUGAUAAAAGUUCUUUCUUUGAAAAAAAUAAUAUAAAUAUACCUUUCUAGAUUGUGGAAUGAGAUAUUUUAUGUGAAAAUAUUAUAUUAGACAAACUUGGGAGUUUUUUUGUAUAAAGAACACCACUAACUGAUAAAAUUAUGAAUUUUUUAGCAGUUUUAAUAUGUAGUUUCAUGUUUUGGUAAAUUUAUUUUAAGAAUGAGUUAGAGUUAUGCUUCCAUUGAGAGAACUAUUUUUUCAUUAAAUAAUUCAUUUUAUAUUUCAAUUUAUACAUUCACCAGAUAUAAAGUUAAAUCCCCUGGAACUUCUUUAAUAUUAAAUAUUGUUACUUUUGGAAGUAAUACUUUUUUCCUUAGAAAAACAUAUUUUUUAAAUGUUUGGCUUAAUAAUUAACAAUGUAGAGUUUUUAGACAGAUUUCCACAAUUAAGGAAUACAUACUUUGAAUUGCAGGUUAUUGUUAAUCUUUAAAAGUAUAUAUACACUUAUAUAUCACUAAGCUAUCUCAAAAAGAAUUUUAAAGAACAUUGUCCCUUCUCCUUAAUUUUGUAAUAGAGAAAUCAAAAUUGAGAUUUUAAAUAUUUGAUUACAUCAUAUCCUUAUAGUUUUAAUUAUGAAAGGCUAUUUCAUUUUUGGCUCAUGGUUUUCUGCUUCUGUGUAAAAAAAAAUCCUGCUUUAAACGUUUAUCUUUAAUAGCUGUAGGUGAAGGAAAAUGGCCUUAAAUUCGACAGGUAAAUUUAUUCAUGCUUAUUUUUUUUUUCUGGAGGUUUAAAUAACUUAAAAUUCAGCUUGGCAAUAAGUUUUUAAAAUAAGCAGUAGAUAGUUCAUCAAACAGUUCAGUGCAUUUCUUGUUCGCACAAUAGCCUUUUAUACAGUACUCAAUAUAUCAUAUGAAGUGUGCACACAUGUUUGGAAAUUCAUUUUAUUAAAAUUAAUGAAUUGCCAAUCAAAUGCAUAUUUUAUUGGCAGGCAAAAACCCACUUUAGGUUUCAGGCCAUUCAUUACACUAUAUUGCAGUUUUCCUUUUUACUGCAUGCAGUUGUAAUAUAAAAAUACAGCAACAAUGUUACAAGUCAGUAUUGAUUGCAUUGAAAGUUUGCACGUAGUAUCUGCAUGUCAGCAGACAUAAACCACCAUAUUGCAUCAUUAUUUGUUUAUAGUGAUUGUAAGACAUUUAUGUGUUACAUCUUCUGGGAAGCUAUUUUAUAAAAGUAGUUUUAUGAAUUGGGAAAUCCAAGAAAUUAAAUUUAAAUUAAAGUUUCUAAUUUCCCCCCUAAGUUGAUUUAAAUCUUACUCUCAUAUAUUAGAUAUAUUUUGAAGUGCUGUAAUGUGUGUGACAUUUUAACAGCCUCACAAAGUUAUAGAACCUAGUUGUCCAUUUUCAUGGGAAACACCUUUGUAAAUCUUCUCUUUUUAAUUAAUUAGCUGAAAGCAUUUCUGUCAUGUUCAUACACUGGACAAAUAAACAUUUAUGUAUAUUUUGCAUCUUCAAUUGAAGAUUAAAUCCUAGAAAUUCAGUAAUUUACCUGGAAGUAAAGAAUUUAUAACAAUCCUUCCCAAAAGAAAGAGUAGACUCUGUGUAUGUGUCUACACAUACACACAUAAACAUAAAUUCUGUGCAAUACCCUGUGUUUUCUCAUUGUAUCGACCUAAGGUCCAUUUUGUGUGACCCUUCCUCCCUAAAGCCUUAUUCCAAAAAAAAGGUCUAGAUCAGGACAGAACAAAACAAAACUCCUGCAAAUGAAAUUAUUUGUUUAAAAAAUAUGGUCAUGUAUAAAAUUCACUUACUGCCAUCUGCAUAUAGAACUAUUUCCUUUCUCACAUUGAAAUUGUGGUUAUAUAUGCAAACAGAAUUUAGGUGAGAUGAACUUGUGCCAGAAAGCGAAGACCUCCCCCCUCCCCUUUCCCUGCAAGCAGUGGGAUAAAUUUUAGGCUUAUCUCCAAAGAUACUAAUGUUUUUUAGCAGGAACUUCUGCUAUUAUUUCUAUCUUCUGCUUUUCAUACUUUAUUUCAGUCUUAUCACUAGAAAGUUGGAAAAUCCCCUUAAUUCACAUAUUUUCAAGAAACCUGCGACCAUUAGCUAUGUCACAAGUACAGAUGAAAUUCUUAGGUGUGCACAAAUAUUUGAUACUAAUUCUUACCAUAUUAGUGCAAUUUAUUUUUAUUUCAUGAUAGUUUUUCAAUCAACUGAUAUUUAAAAAUAGCAAAACUAGGUCUGUUAAUUCUAUUCAUUUUGAAUUACAAUCCAAAUAGUUAUACAAAGACUAAACGUGAAUAGCUCAAUCAUAUUCACCUAUCUAUGGCUUUCUUUAUUUGUAUUCCAUAGUAUUACUAAAGAAAAAAAAAAGAAUAUGUUAUCUAGGGCAUGGGUGAGGAAUCUUGUGGUUUCUCACUUUUGGAUUAUGCUUUCAUCAACUUUCAUGGUGACCAAGGCUAAUAGGAGAUGGAGAGCCACAGGUUACCCCCACUGUUCUAUAACAUUUUUCUUGUCUGUUAAAGUGGGGCUUACAUGCAGAGACACAUCUUCCCCCUUACAUGUUUCUUGCUACUAUUCUGGAAAAGGGAGUUUAAGAUUUCUUUCUGGCAGCUUGCCAACUAGCUGCCUGGCAGUCUUUUGGGGAAUGAUAUAACUCGAGAAUGAUAUCACCAGGAUAGUGGUACUAAACUUCUCAUUAAGGCUGCCUUAAUUUUCUUUUUCCAAUGCAAUUUGAGCCAAAAUACCAGUUAUAGUUGGCAUGUGGAGGAUGUCCCAUUGGUGCCAAUAGCAUUGCUUCUGUUUAGGAUUGUAGCUGAGACAGGCAUAAAAGUCCCUCUUUUCCUAUGUGCUAUAGUAUUAGUGAGAAUUGUGCUGCCUCAUUCUUCGCAGUCAAUCUCAAAUAAAAAAUUAACCAGCUCUAUAAUGUGGCAUCUAGUGUAAUUUAUGGAUGCAGCUAUAUUGAGAUUAUAAAAUAGAAGUGGGAUAAAAUAAUAAUAUGACAAAUCCAGUCUAAUCAUCUGGCUGUCUAUUCAACCAAUCAUAAUAAUACCGUUGGCAUUGACAAAAUCACUAUCAGUCAAUUGCAAAAGUCAGCUUUACUUGAAAUAACAUACAUCCUGCAAUGAUACCUUUAAUAUUAUUAAACAACAUUUGCCUAUCCCUGAGUGGGCAAUAGGUGGGCAAAAAUGCCAUAACCAGUCUAAACAUCUGGAUGAAUGUGCAAUAAUGGCCUGACUAAGAGGCUUGUUUGUAAAUACUGUAGAGAUUACUUAGAUGGGCCUUUGAUUUUAAUCUGGAAAGAUGUUCUUAUUCUUUUAGUGUUCUGCAUGCUCUGUAUCAUUUAUUGGUUAGUUAUGAUAGUACAUGGUUUCAGUUAAUUAAGAGUUCUGGAUAAUAAAAUAUCUCAAUAACAUAGAACAUAACUUUUAUAUUGGCAUUUGAAUUCCAAAGUUUAAUAUAUAAGCAGCCUCACAUUCCUUGUGACAAAUGUUAACAAAACAAUAUGAAGUGGCCCAGAUAAGAUGAACGCUUGUGAGAUAGAAAAAAGUAUUACUCUUAAGGAUUUCUGUCAGUGGAAUUACAAAACAAAUGUUGGCAAGGAAUGCCAUCUUAACUAGCAUUAAGAGUACAUUAGCCAUAAUAUUACAGAUGAAUCCUUUCUUUGAUUUGGUCUUACAACUCUGUUUUAGUUGAGAUUUAUACAUAUAAAUUUAUUCAUUCAUUCAAAUUGUGUCACUCCUCCUCCCCAUCUAAACAAGUGACUCUGGGUGGUGAACAUUCUUAAAAGAAUUCCUGUCAUAAAUACAAAAUUAAAAUGCACAGCAGCCAAGGAAGAUAUCACAAUUGACUAUUGUUAACACAACCAGAAGAAGGGAUCCUUCAUACACUCUGGGCCCCGGGCAUGAAGUGUAUGAAGAAUCAGGCCUUUAGGGUCUUAUAGAUGGGCCAGCAGGGCUGGGGCCAUUGUAAUCUCUGCAGGGAGACUUUCCAUAGUCCAGGUGCUAUGGCAGAAAAGGCUCAUCUCCUGGUCCUGCUAAUCGUCAUUUCCUGGCCAAUGGUACCCAGAAUAUGCCCAUUCUGCUGAAAAGAAAAAAUGGUCCCAUGGAUAAUGUGGUCCCAAGCCAUAAAUGACUUUAAAGGUGACAACCAGCACUGAUAUAUUUGGCAUAUCGGUUGAGCUUUUUUCUUUAUCUGUCAACAAAGUUGAGAGUAUUUAGUAUUUUUAUUUUUGGCUUCUUAGCAUAUAGUUAUGUUAUGGCCAUAUAGUUAUGCCCAUUGCUACCAUUCAAAAUAUAAUUUUCUAUAUUUUUGAACAGGACUUUUAAGAUUUUCUUUUCAGUCUCUGGAACUUGUGAAAUAUCUUUCUUGUGGUCAAAGAUUAGUACAAAAUAAAUUUCAGUAAUUAAAAAAAGCAGAUUGCAUAUAAAAAAGAACAAGUUAUAAAAUUAACUGAGUUUAUCAAUCAGUCAUCUGUACAUUUUGCAUAUGAGGUAGCAGAAUUUAGCUACACUUAGGGUAACAGUCAGGAUUAUACAAAAGGAGAAUUUGUAAUAAAAUUUCUGGAAUGACCAUUUAAGCAGGAAAUAAGUUUAAAUGUGGGGCUAUGAACUCUGGCUAUGUACCAGGAUAAAACAGGUAAUAUAUUAUAGUUUAACCAUUUCAAUAACCUCUUUGCCAUAUGGGCAAAACCUUAGAAAGCCACACAAUUUGGUUUUUUUUUAAAAAAAAAAAAUCCCAGAACCUCUGAUCAAGAGGCAAAGCUGUACUGAUAGAAAAUUGGCUGUGCUUAAGUCAACUUCUUUUACCCUAAGUCUCAAAGAAUCCAUCAAGUUUUCAUGGAAUCAUACAGUAUUAUGGAACCGAGUUUGGAAAAAAAAAAUUCUUCUAAGAUGUUCACCUCUUAAUACAUAUGUGGAAUCCCAAGCUAUACACUGCAUAUAUGUGCCCUAAUCAACACUGUGCUCUUGGUGAAUUCACUGUUAUCUUUAGCUACAUACAGCUUAAAUGAAUGUAAAUAAUCACUAGCUUUAAACACAAAUAUUGUAAUUAAAAACAGCAAUUGGAGGUAAACCACUAUUGUUAAACACAACACAUUCUAAGUGAGAUUGUGGAAGAUUACUUGUGGAGAUUACUAAAUCAAAGUGUCUGAAAUAUGGUGGCAGAAAAAUAAUUUCUUGCAAUGUUCUGCAAUGAUAUGUCAUAGUACUCUGUAAAAAUCAUGGGAUAUAUGAUGCUAUUAGAGACGAAAAUUUCGGCACUUUCUGUAAAGUCUUAAAAUAUGAUGACUCCAUAUACCUGUCUAUAUAGCUUUCUUGCGAUAAUAAGGAAGUGGGUUUGCCAUUUUUAGAAUUUUUGUUUCAAAAUUAUGUUAAUAAUAAUAUUUGAUGUAGUGAAUUAAUGUAUAGCCUCCCUUUAAAAUAUAUUACUUUUUUAUCAUACUUGCAACCAAUAAAGGGAUUGUUGCUUUACACUAUAUAUUUUCUCUCUAUAUAUUUUCUUAUAUAGAUGUAAGUACAUCUGUAUAGAAUUGAAUCAAAUGGAAUGAUAUAAAUUAUAUAAUAAGUCAUGGGGUUUUAAAGCUGUUCUUCAUUGAACAAAUAUCGUAGUUCAAAUAUAGCAAAUCAUAAAUAAUUUAGAAACAACGGGAAAUAAGUGCUACUCAACCUAAAUUUAGACACAAAUUUUAAAUGCAUGUAAAAAAAGUGUUUAUAGUAUUAAAGGUGAAAUACAGUACAAAAAUGAGACAGUGUAGUCCUGUGUUUCAAUAUGUUCUAGCCCAUAGCUACAAAACCAUUUUUAAUUGGAUUUGAGGCUUAUUUCUAUGCUUUAAAUGUUCCAGCCAAAUCCUGGUGACCUUAUACAGUAUAUGAUAAAGUGUUGGUGUCAUUUUUGCGGAAAGCUCUAGUACAUAUACUGUUUUUGAGACAACCUUCUGAUACUGAAAUACUAUCACAUAACUCCAAUAUGCCUUUUUAUUAGAGUGGUGAUUUAAAAUAGGGUAGGAUAUACACUAUUUCACUAUAAUAAAACUAAUUUGUUGAAUAAGUAACUCUUCAGAAAUAAGUUGACAAUUUAGAAAAUUCACACAAAUUAUAUGAACUGCUUAAAUCAGCAGCUCUAAACUCAGAUUUUAAUAUAAUUUGAUGUUUGGUAUUAUAUUAGUGACCUAAUAUUUUAAAAUUGAAACAUAUACAAUUAUUUUAUGAUUUUUAAGUUCCGAUUGCAUGCUGGUAGAAUUUUGGCAUAAAAUAUGAUCCCUACUUCUUAUUUAAUGUUGACAUAUGUAUAAUUAUAUAAAAUAUGCAUGUGUGAUGUGUCAUUGGAUUGUUACAGUCUUAAAAUAUUUUGUGUUCCAAGGCUUAUAUUUUGUAUAUACACGAUAGUGUGCAUAUACACAUAAAUAUACAUGCAAGCAUGCACACUAUAAGUGUAUAUAUGUAUAUAUUAUGUUUGUGAAGUUAAAUAUUGCAUGGAACAUUUGUAGACAAAUUAAUUGCUUGUAAUUUUUCAGAUUGGAAAAGUAGCCCUUUCAAAAUAAAAGUUGCUUUUGUUCUUUCUCAUAUUCCAUCUUCAAACUGAAGACAUAUUUUCCAUAUUGUUAAGGCGGGAUGUGGGAAAAUAACUUUACAAUAUUUAGUAUCUUGUUUUAAUGCUGAUUUUACUUUUAUGUUUUCUUAGAGAAAAAUGUGUCAUGAUCAAAUGAAAUGAUAUUGUUAAGAACAUGGAUUUUAGAUGCUAUUGGAAAAAAUCCAGUAUUUAAAUGUUUAAAUAUGCUUAUUCAAACUUUUAUUAAUGUAAAAUUGUAAAAAUAUUGUUUUCUUGGAUAUCAAAAUACUCUGGAGAUUAAAGCCAAGAAAAUUCUGAAUAUGAUAAAUGCUGAAAUAAGUUUGCUUCGCUUAUAUGCUCAGACUCUUGCUUGGUUUAUUGAUUCUGCUAAUGGUGUCAAAAUAGUGAAAGCUUUGGGUUUUAUUCUGGGGUUUUAUUCUGGGGUUUUUUUGAGGGUUGGGGAGAGAAUGAGAUUUUACCAUUGUCUUGCAUUAAGCAUCUUUCUCCUUUUGUCAGAUGUAGGGGAGAAAUGCAAAACUUGUUUCAGUUAAAUGUUUUAACCAUGCAACAAUGAUCAGUAUAGCAUCCCAUAACUAAUGCCGACCCCCUCCCACUUUCCCAAGCAACAUUCACUGUGCAUUUAAAAGGUUUUUGUGGUUUAAAUGUUGUUACAUAUUUUACAGCAUUAGGAUCUAUGGAAUAUUUUGACAACUGCAACAGUUCAAUGAAGUUGGUAAUUUCUUCUUUUAAUUAUUUUUCAUUGAACAGAUUUGGAGUUACACUUUUUUUUUAAAAAAAUUGUUUUUCUAAUGCUUUUCAACACAUUGCAUAAUCUUUUAGCAUAUUAAAUAGCCUUUGACUCUAUGGGUAGCAGCAUUUUAAUUUGAUUGAUGUUGACACAAUAGUAUGGUAUUCUUUCAGCUGGUGAUCAUACGUGAAUGACUGUACAUCACUAGAUGAGCUGGUGCUUGUGGCUUCACGGAUUGUCUGCAAGGUCCUAAUCCACUGUAGAAUGGGAAAUGAGGCUGGCUUUAUACAUUUCAUUGAGUAAAAUGCUGCAAGGAGCAAAUAAUGCUGAGAAGUUUGACUAUGUUAUGCAGUUUAUGAAUAAAAUGGCUGGAAACGAAUAUGUUGGUUUCAGUAAUGCCACAUUCCAGUCUGAAAGAGAGAGUGGAGACAGAAACUUUGCAAUAGGCUAUUAUCUGAAAGAGAAAAAGUGUUUUCCAGAGGGCACGGAUAUGGUUGGCAUAUUGGACUUCUAUUUCCAGCUGUGCUCCAUAGAAGUGACAUGUGAAUCUGCUAGUGUCAUGGCAGCCACCCUUGCUAAUGGCGGGUUUUGCCCCAUCACUGGUGAGAGAGUCUUAAGUCCUGAAGCAGUUCGGAACACUCUAAGUUUGAUGCAUUCAUGUGGCAUGUAUGACUUCUCGGGACAGUUUGCCUUCCAUGUGGGUCUUCCUGCAAAAUCUGGUGUUGCUGGUGGCAUUCUCUUGGUUGUUCCUAACGUUAUGGGCAUGAUGUGUUGGUCACCUCCACUAGACAAGAUGGGCAACAGCGUUAAGGGGAUACACUUUUGUCAUGAACUGGUUUCUUUGUGCAACUUUCAUAAUUAUGAUAACCUGAGGCAUUUUGCAAAGAAGCUUGAUCCUCGGAGAGAAGGUGGUGAUCAACGAGUGAAGUCUGUCAUAAAUCUUUUGUUUGCUGCAUAUACAGGAGACGUGUCUGCCCUUAGAAGAUUUGCCUUGUCGGGUAUGGAUAUGGAGCAAAGAGACUAUGAUUCCCGAACAGCGCUUCAUGUAGCAGCUGCAGAAGGUCAUGUAGAGGUAGUUAAAUUUUUGCUGGAAGCUUGCAAAGUGAAUCCUUUCCCCAAAGACAGAUGGAACAAUACACCUAUGGAUGAAGCUUUGCACUUUGGACAUCAUGAUGUAUUCAAAAUUCUUCAAGAAUAUCAAGUUCAGUACACCCCUCCAGACAACUCUAGUAAUGGAAAAGAAAACCAAACUGUACAGAAAAACCUGGAUGGCUUACUAUAACACUCUUCUAACCGAGAUUCAAAGUUUAUGAUCUAUUUAAUUGUGGAAAAUGAUUAUGAAGAGUGUGAGUGUUUCUGUUGGAUAGUGAUGUAUAUUUUCCAGAGUACUGCUUUGUUCCAAUGUUACAGCAGCUUUGUUCGUUGCACACAAAAGACAAUAGUUUCUUUUUCAGAAAAAAAACAACUAUUCAUAAUGUGAGCAAUAUUACCUUGUGCUACGUGCAAGUGAUAGAAAGUAUUGUUGGCUAUACGCACAGGGGUUUGGGGGUGGGGGCGGGGAAGGGAUAUCUCCAUGAAGCUUUACUCCAUGGUCAUACUCAUGAAGCUUUUUUGUCCUGCUUGCUGUGUAUACAUGGAUAAUUUUAAGAAAGCUGUCUGCGAGUAUACCUGAGCCAACAUAGUUGUCGUCUUGCUAGAUUUCGAGAUUUGUUGCUCUUGUGGAUUCAAUCUGGCAUCUUGGAACAUAAAGCACUCAAAACGUUUUCCCACCAUACCUGCUUACAUCAUGUAAUUUCUUACAUAUGGACUGACGGAUGCUGCCUAGGCUUAACUCUUUGUUCCAAGUGUUUUUUAUCAGGGAAUCUCUUCCAAGAUUUAUUUGACCAAACAACGUAGGAGAAUGUAAGUAGAGAAUACUGCACCUGUAGGCUCUUUGUCCUGCUUCCCACCCCACCCUCCCUCA